AUGGCUACACUGCUCCCCUACAGCAGCUGCCAGAUAACAUUAGCGCACCAAAAUCAAGCACCGUCUGAGAAGGCAAAGCCUAGCCCGCAAUCGUGCCAACUGCGCAUGUACCCGUCCUUGCUCAUGGCCGUAGAGCGCCAGAUAGCCACCCUCCCACCUGCACAGCCUACCGCUAUCCUUCGUGGCCAUGCCGCGCACAUUCACAGUACUCUGUUUGUGCGCCAGAAUAGCCGUCUGUUGACAGGCGACGCAGAUGGCUGGGUCGUCUUGUGGAAUGUUCAGACUAAGCGACCACUUGCAGUCUGGCCAGCCCACGAUGGCCCCAUUUUAGGAUUCGCACAAUGGGGAGAAGCAAAUAUCAUCACGGUCCCACGGAUACAGACAGUUGAGACCGGAAUGGCCAUGGCUGUGAAGCUUGUUCGCAGUCAAGCCAUGCAGAGAAUUCUACUUCUUGCAGGAUAUGAAGGCGGUGUUACCGCAGCUUUCAUGCUGGCAGAAGAACAUUCCAACACAGGCAUAGAAACUGCGCAGCUCGUAUACCUUAGCCAGCCCCAUUCCCAGCCUAUUCUGUCAUUGGACGCUUCACCAGACGGCGACCUUUACUACACAUCCUCAGCAGAUGCUGUAGUAGCCAAGCAUCGCAUACCAGAGUUGCCACACAAUCCUGGUGGUGUAGACAGCAGCUCGGAUGUGUCCACUUCCAAACCCACACCAAGUUUGUUCGCGAAGAAAAACACGAAUCAGGACAAGCCUGGAACCUCGGCACCCAGUGGUCUAUCUUCACUGCUUGCGUCCUCAGCACCACUACCGAAGUUUAGACCAGCUCCGCCAGUUCAACCGCUGGUCACUCCACAACCACCGUGCAGAACAGUGGACACCAAACAUGCAGGUCAGCAAUCUCUUCGUGUCCGCUCUGACGGCAGGCUCUUCGUGACUGGCGGCUGGGACUCCCGGAUUCGUAUAUAUAGCACCAAAACACUCAAGGAAGUGGCGGUGCUCAAGUGGCACAAGGAAGGAGUCUACUCAACUGCUUUCGCAGAAAUUCUUACACCAGAAGAAGCAGGCCAUAGCAGCAAGGCUGUCAACAAGCGGCAGAUGGAGCGCGACGAGCAGACGAGGCUCAAACACUGGGUUGCGGCUGGAGCCAAAGACGGGAAAGUCAGCACCAUGGCGCCUUCCGAUGAAGAUGACAGACCCUCCACCGCCCGCUCCUCUAGUCCCGAACAAGCUCCCGAUCUCAGCAUAACCGCCGACGACAAUGUCUACCUGCACGCAGCCGGCUACAAUGAGUCGCCCGACCGGGGCCUUAUACACAGCUUCGCGCGCUUCCGCUCCUCGCCACUCGACUUUAUCCGUGAGGUAUCGCUGCACUUUUCAGGCACAGGAUGGCGGUCCUUCGACGAUCACAUUGGGCAGCCAGAGUUCUACUCAGGCUUUAGCGAGGACAUGAAGGCGAGGGUGUUGAGCAACCCGAUGCUUGUAGCCAAGGUUCGCGAACUGGCAGACAAGCGCGUUGACGUCGAAGCGAAAGAAGGAUUGCUGGGUGAACAGGCGCAAAACGGGGGUAGCGCCGGCGAGAAGGAUACAAAGGCCAAGAGGAGGAUGCAGAUUGAGGAAUCGCUUAUGCAGGUCAGCGAGGGCUGGACGGAUUCCAUGAUUUGCAAAAUGGAAAGCAAGGGCUUUAUAAGAGGCGCGUAUUAUUUUGCGACACAGCUCCUGACAAGAGCAUACCACCAGGGCGUGCACGUCUCGAGCGAGGAAGUGCUACGCUUACGUGCGGUUGCAGAAAAGGCUGCAAAAGACAAACACUCCAUCAUCUUCCUCCCUUGCCACCGCUCUCACGUCGACUACGUCUCCUUGCAGAUCAUCUGCUAUCGGCUUGGGCUUGCUUUGCCAACAGUAGUUGCUGGAGAUAACCUGAACAUCCCCGUCCUCGGGUCCUUCCUACAACAUGCGGGCGCAAUGUGGAUACGAAGAAGCUUCGGAGACGAUCAGCUGUAUAUCACGUUGGUCCAAUCAUACAUUGAUACCCUGCUGCAAUGCGGAUACAACUUGGAGUGUUUCGUCGAAGGUGGGAGGAGUCGUACAGGCAAGCUUUUGCCGCCCAAGUUUGGCAUACUCAGCUACAUGCUAGAUAGUGUCGCGAGUGGUAGGGUAGAAGAUGCCAUCAUCUGUCCGGUUUCGACCCAGUACGACAAGGUCAUCGAGGUCGACUCAUAUAUCAGCGAACUUCUCGGUCAACCCAAGCCCAAAGAAAAUCUAAUGGACUUUCUCUCCGCUUCCUCCGUCCUCUCGCUCAAACUCGGUCGCGUAGACGUUCGCUUCCAUGAGCCGUGGUCGCUCAAAUCCUUCAUCAACCAGCAACGCGAUCGUUUCUCAACACUACCCCAACAACUAGAUACUAAAGAAGAUCGUCUCCGUCUCCUCCGCACACUAGGCUACAAAGUGCUGUCAGAGAUCAACGACGUCUCAGUUGUAAUGCCGACCGCCCUCGUUGGUACUGUGCUACUGACGUUGAGAGGACGUGGCGUAGGAAAAUCAGAACUAAUACGCCGUGUCGAAUGGCUCAGCGACCGGGUUCGCGCUCAAGGUGGUCGUGUAGCACACUUUGGCAAUCUCCCCACUAGCGUUGUCGUUGACCGCGCUUUAGAAGUCUUGGGACCUGGCUUGGUUGGCCUUGUCCCUAGCUUACCAGAAGAUACAUUCUACGCCGUCGAUAGGUUCCAACUCUCCUUCUACAGAAACAUGACCAUCCACCUCUUCAUCUUGCAAAGUCUGGUUAGCGCAGCGCUGUACACACACGUCAAGCAGGGUGGCGGUCCGGAGUACCAACGCAUGUCCUACGGUGAUUUGCGCGCGCAGGUACACUUCCUAUCACAACUCUUCCGUGGAGAGUUCAUCUUUCCCACCGAAGGCCUAGAUGUCAACCUGGCGAAAACCCUCGACGGACUGGAGAAAGAUGGUGUGAUUACCAUGUCACGGUCGAAAACCGAGCUCGGGGAAGAGACUGUUGAUUUUAUUGAACUCUCACCAGCCGAACGGACCCAAGGACGCGAAAACUACGACUUUUAUUGUUUCCUCAUCUGGCCAUUUAUUGAAGCCGCGUGGCUUGGUGCUAUCAGCCUGAUGAUGCUGGCACCGCCCGUCUCACCCCUUCAUACUCCUACACCCAAAACCUCCUGGCUGGACCUCAAGAAAGUUCAAGACCGCGCACAAGUCCUCGGAAAGACUCUUUACCACCAGGGUGACCUCUCCUACUUCGAAGCCGUAAACAAAGAAACCCUCAAGAAUGCUUACGCACGAUUCCAAGAAGAAGGCAUGAUUCUUGUUACCAAACCCAAAGGCAAGACUCCAGCUACUAUCAAAUUGGCGGAGGAGUGGACUCCGCAGAGAGUAUCUGAUGGUGGUAUCAUUGCGGACGGCCCGUUGUGGCGCUUUGCUGAGCGGAUCAGUGCUUCCAGAAGGGAGGGCAAGAACAGGCGCGAUGGAGCGACAGUGCAAACGAGGGUUUUGGCGUUGGCGGAUUUGGUCGGUGAGAAACUUUGGGAUGAAGCCGUAUUUGAUGAAGGAGAACUAGAUGGUGAGGAGGUAGGGGUUGUAGAAGGAAAGGCGAAGAGCAUGCGAAAGAGAGGAAAUAUGGCACGGCUAUAG